GGAUCACUAGUACUGUUGAAGAGGUUCCCAUGGCCCAUUUCUUUUGUGAUCAACGAUGGAUCAUUGAUGUAGCAAAUAAUAAAAGGUUUUGCUUUUGAAAACCAUGCAAUUCUUGGACCAUUUUUUCAGAAAGUUAGAAGAAAGAGUUGAGCUUUAAUUUGAAAGCAAAACAGAGAGGCACCUCGAUUUCAAAGCACAAAAAUGGUGAGAAUUCCUUGUUGUGAAAAUAUGGGGUUGAAGAAGGGACCAUGGACGCCUGAAGAAGAUCAAAUCUUGGUCUCUUACAUCCAACGUUUUGGCCAUGGCAAUUGGCGAGCUCUCCCCAAGCAAGCAGGUUUAUUAAGGUGUGGAAAGAGCUGUAGGCUUAGGUGGAUAAAUUACUUAAGGCCAGAUAUUAAACGAGGGAACUUCAGUAAUGAAGAAGAAGAAGCCAUCAUUAGUCUUCAUCAGAUUCUUGGGAACAGAUGGUCUGCAAUUGCAGCAAAAUUGCCAGGAAGAACAGAUAAUGAGAUAAAGAAUUAUUGGCACUCCCACCUAAAGAAGAGACUCGAGGAGAAGCAAGCCAAUCCAAGCCCAAGCAGCUCAGCUGGUAACUGCACCAAAACAUCAAAAAUGGCAGUGAUCAACAAUGCAAGAUCAUCACAUCAACCUGAGAAUUUUCCUACCCAUAUAGGCAUUCAUCAUCUUCUUCAUGCACAAGUCUUCCCACAAGAGCAAUCCCAGGAACCGUUGGCGACUUUGGAAGCCACCAACGGUUUCAAUACUGUAAAUGAUACUCAGUUUUGGUAUGAUCUCUUCAUGAAAGCGGGAAACUCCAAAGAAGUGCAUGGGAAUUUAUAAUUGGGUUUAUUUGUUUUAAGUAGUUUAUCAAAUAUAAAUUGUAAUUUAAAAAAAAAAAAAAAAAAAAAAACUAAACUUAGCCUUUUUGUUUAUGCAUGAAAAACUUACACAAAAUUAGAAUAGAUUAGUGCCAAAUUGUGGAAUCAAAUGGAUUAUCAGGGGAAAAUUCAUUGGUUAAGCUGGUCAAAGCUUGCUGGUGCUAAAAUGGACGGCGGAUUCGGAUUCAGAUCGCUUCAUGAUUUCAAUAUUGCAAUGUGCUUUUCAAGUUUGUUUGCCGACGUUGAGAGUUGGGUACUUUCCAGAUUAGUGACUGCGAAAAAUAUUAUACUUAUGUUUUUUCAUUACGAAAAACAUUAUAAUUACUAUAUUGAAUUCUGAUCGAUUACGGUCUCAUCUAUUUACGUAAACUCGAUUACAGUUCAAA